CAUAGAUGAACACAGCUGCGCCAGUCGGUCUCAAUAGUUCACACCGAGCGGCCGCGAAAAUGAAGUUGUUCGUAUUAUUAGGGUUGUGUUUAAGUGUUGUUGAGAGCUAUAGGUUUCUAGUAUGCAAUCCUAUGCCUAUAAGGAGUAUCACUCUGCUGGCUGAAGGCAUUGUUAGACAUCUUCUCAAUGCUGGACACGAGGUCGUGUUCAUCACAGCGUUCCCUGAUAAAAACAAUAACAAUCCGAAGUUACGUCAAGUCGAUAUUAGCGAGAACUAUAGGCGUAUGCAAGCUGAAGAUAUGUUAAACAUUACCUUCCUCAUGGAGAAUACUGAUCAGACAAACGAUUUGAAAGCUAUACAUGAUCUAUGUAUAGGCGUAGGUAUACAGACCAUGGAGAACGAAAAUGUGAAGAAACUGAUGCAAGAGACAGAUCAACAUUUCGACGCUGUGAUUAUUGAUUGGAUUGAAACUGAUAUUUAUGCUGGAUUCGCUGAAGUCUUCAAUACUCAUCUAAUAUGGUCGUACUCCAUGGGGCCAUACUGGCCGAUGUUAAGACUGAUUGAUGGGAAUUCAAAUCCGGCAUACAGUGUCGAUAAUAUGUCGACAAACACCUUGCCCCUGAGCUUCAGACAAAGGGUUGAAGAACUUUGGAACCAGUUGCAUUGGAGUUACAUUAAGAAUUUCUUAGUGUACGAGAAAGAAAAGUCUGUGUAUGAGAAGUAUUUUGGCCCGUAUGCCGCUAUGCGAAGCAGAACUCUCCCGCCUUUUGAAAAAGCCAUCUACAACGCCAGUCUUGUGAUCGCGAAUGCUCAUCAUGCGAUAGGUGGAUGGCCACAAACACCGCAGAACUUCAAAUUCGUGGGAGGAUGUUACAUCGACGAUCCACCUAAACCAUUGCCUGCGGACUUAAAGAAAUUGAUGGACAGCUCUACUAAUGGAGUAAUAUACUUCAGCAUGGGCUCCACUUGGAGAAGCAAGGACAUACCAAAGCAGUUAACGGAGGGAUUGUUAAAUAUUUUCGGAAAAUUAAAACAAACAGUCAUCUGGAAAUACGAAGCGGAUUUGCCAAACAAGCCUAAGAACGUACAUAUACUCAAAUGGGCUCCACAAACUAGCAUUUUGGCUCAUCCCAACUUAGACUUCUUCAUCACGCACGGUGGUCUCCUGUCAUCAACAGAAGCCAUUCAUUUUGGUGUUGCACUAAUAGGAAUCCCAAUUUACUACGACCAGUUCCACAACAUGGUGAAGGCAACAACGGCCGGAUAUGCUAUCAAAGUGAAUCUCAACUAUGACUUAAUUAAAAACUUGGAUGCAGCUAUAAAAGAAAUGCUAACUAAUCCAUCAUACAAAGCAAUGGCCAAAGAACUUCAGAUGAGGUACCAUGACAGACCAGUAAAACCUUCAGUAGAAGUUGUCCAUUGGAUUGAACAUGUAGUGAAGACCAAAGGAGCUCCUCACUUGCGCUCGCCCGCCCUACAUGUGCCUUUCUACCAGAAAACGUUCCUAGAUUUACUUGCUCUUGUAUUUGCAGUUUUAUUGUUAGUAUUUAUAGGUUUAUAUUUCUUAUUAAAACAAUUGUUUAAGUUAGGAACUGCCCAGAAACGUAGCAAAACUCUAGUUGUCGAACUGAGUUGGUCGUACCGAGCAGUCGCUUCCGCGAAAAUGAAGCUGUUCGUAUUAUUAGUGUUGUGUUUAAGUGUUGUUGAUAGCUAUAGGUUUCUAGUAUGCAAUCCUAUGGCUAUAAGAAGUAUUACUUUACUGGCUGAAGGAGUUGUUAGACAUCUUCUCAAUGCUGGACAUGAGGUUGUAUUUAUCACAGCGUUUCCUGACAAAAGCAAUAAAAAUACCAAGUUACGGCAAAUCGACAUCAGUGAGAACUACAAACGCAUGGAAUCUGAAGAUUCCUUGAACAUUACUUAUGUUAUGGAAAAUGCUGAAUUGAACAAUGAUCUUAAAGUAAUACAAGAAAUAGGAAUCGACGUGGCAGUACAAACUAUGGAAAAUGAGAACAUAAAGAAUUUCAUGAAGGAAACUGACCAACACUUCGAUGCUGUUAUUGUUGAUUGGAUAGAAACGGACCUUUACGCUGGAUUCGCAAGCGUCUUCAAUGCACAUCUGAUAUGGUCUUAUUCAAUAGGCCCCUACUACUCCAUGUUGAGACUGGUUGACGGUUACCCAAAUCCAGCAUAUAGUGUGGAUCCCUUGUCUGCUAACCAAUUACCCCUGAACUUCAGGCAGCGAGUCGAAGAGCUCUGGAAUCAGUUACAUUGGAGUUACGUCAAAAGGUUCGUCAUAUACGAUGCAGAAAGAUCUGUUUAUGAGAAAUAUUUUGCUCCGUACGCUGCCAUGCGAAACAGAACUCUAAUGCCAUACGGAAAAGCUAUCCAUAAUGGAAGGCUUUUGAUCGCGAACGCGCAUCAUGCGAUCGGUGGGUGGCCACAAACACCACAGAAUUUCAAAUUCGUUGGGGGAUGUUACAUCGAUGACCCGCCAAAGCCGUUGCCUGUGGACUUAGAAGUAAUCUUAGAUAACGCUACUGACGGAUUCAUAUAUUUCAGCAUGGGAUCAUUGUGGCAAAGUAAAGACAUCCCUCAACAGUUAACAGAAGACCUGCUAAACCUCUUCGGGAAGUUUAAGCAGACAAUUAUCUGGAAAUAUGAGGCAAAAUUAACAAACAAACCUAAAAAUGUACACUUACUGAAGUGGGCUCCACAAACAAGCAUUUUGGCUCAUCCAAACAUGAAAUUCUUCAUUACCCAUGGCGGCCUUCUGUCCUCUACAGAAGCCAUACAUUUUGGAGUUCCUAUAAUAGGAAUACCGAUUUCCUACGACCAGUUCCACAACACAAUAAGGGCGAUAUCAGCUGGAUUCGCGAUAAAAGUUGAUCUGAAUUAUGAUUUAACCAAAAAUUUAGAAGUUGCUAUGCAUGAGAUGCUUAAUAAUUAUGACACAUACAAAGAAAAAGCCAGAGAAAUCCAGAUUAGGUAUCACGACAGACCAGUAAAGGCUUCAGUAGAAGUUGUCCAUUGGAUAGAACAUGUAGUGAAGACCAAAGGAGCACCUCACCUACGCUCGCCUGCUCUACAUGUGCCUCUCUACCAGAAAAUGUAUCUGGACCUUCUUGCGCUUGUAAUUGUAAUAUUAUUGAUAGUAUUAUUAGGUCUAUAUUUCUCGUUAAAAAAAAUAAUUAAGUUAUUGUCUGUUCCGAAGUAUAAAAAGAUUGAUUAAGUAAUCUAUUUGAUUACUAGCUUUUGCUCGCGGAUCCAUCUGCGUGAUAUAGUUUUUCCGGAAUGAAAGGUUACCUAUGUCCUUUCUAAGAUCUCAAACUAUCUCUAUAGCAAAUUUAAUUUGAUAUCGUUCGGUGGUUCACGGCUGGUAAAGUAACAGAGAAACAAUGUAUUAAAAUGGCAAGCAUAGUGCAGUGCUAUUGAUAUAAAGUAAUCUGUGAUUUUAUGUUGUGAUUUUUUUGCGUUGUUUAUGCAUUAUAUUAUAGUUGGAGUUACCAUAAACCAAAGCUAUCUUUAUUAAUAAAAAUAUGAUUGUUGUCACUUGAAUUUAUUACUAUGUUGCUCUAGUUUUCUAAAUCGCUGCUUUCCAUUCGCGGUCGAAAGCAUGAGCUGACGUAUGUAUAAAUAUAAUAUAAUAUCAGCAUUA